GGAAAUCCUGCCGGGUUUUACCAUCGCUCGCUCAUUUAUUUACUUUGCGGUCUCGGCUUUCAGGGAACAGAUAAAUACUAGGUGUCCAUUAGGAGGGCACGUGGGCCUGGAGGCACAGCUAAGCGUUUUUUUCUUUAACUUGUCACCAUAUCCUCCGCACGUGCAGAGGUCAGGCAUAAAACACGAUGAAAGGAAGGUGUCAGUGAUAUGACGACUGGACUCCGGGCACAGCCAUCCAGGGCGCAGUCCCCGUACUUUCUGAUGGGACGCCAGACACCAGCCUCAGGGAAACCCGGGGAGCGUCGCAGGCUGCGCGCUGGAAGCUGUGAUCCGGGUCAGUAGCGGGGUUUCGCCGCGGCCGCAGCGACCCAACCCCACCGGACAGGCUAAAGGGGCCCAUUUUGCAGCUCUCAAGUUUUUGUAGAAUGGUGUAAACAAUUGUCACAAUUUUUCAAGAAACAGAAAGAGUUGCACCUUCCUCCUCCUAAUAGAACUUUUAUAGUUGCAUUCAAUGCCUAACGUUGCAGAAGCAGAAAGGGCAAAUGAUUCUGGAAAUGGUGAGCACAAAUCCGAGAGAAGGUCUCCUGAAGAGAACCUACAAGAUGCUGUACAGUCUUUUUGCACACAUACCUCAGGAGCACCCUUGACUCCCAAAGGAGAUGGUCAUUAUCCGUGGAGCUGUCCAGUGACCCAUACUCGGGAGAAAAUUUAUGCCAUCUGUUCAGACUAUGCCUUUCUCAACCAGGCAACCUCAAUCUAUAAAACUUCAAAUCCAUCUCGCUCUUCUUGCCUCCCCGAUAGUACCUCUUUAUCUGCUGGAAAUAAAUCAUCAAGAUACAUUGGCAUCCCAGCUAGUACAUCCGAAAUCAUCUACAAUGAGGAAAAUAGCUUAGAAAACUUAUCCAGUAGCCUGGGCAAACUACCUCUCGCAUGGGAAAUUGAUAAAUCUGAAUUUGAUGGGGUGACCACAAAUGUGAAACACAAAUCAGGCAAUGUAAAGAAACAAAUUUCCAAGAAAAAGCCUUCAGAUAAAAAAGGAAGGCAUCAAAGGGAUUGGCCUCAACAGUCUCCUCUUGAAGAUAUCAAACAGCGGAAAGUAUUAGACCUCAGACGAUGGUACUGCAUAAGCCGACCACAAUAUAAGACUUCUUGUGGUAUCUCCUCAUUAAUUUCUUGUUGGAAUUUCUUAUAUAGUACAAUGGGAGCUGGAAAUCUUCCACCUAUUACCCAAGAAGAAGCAUUACAUAUUUUGGGCUUUCAACCCCCAUUUGAAGAUAUUAGGUUUGGCCCUUUCACUGGAAAUACAACACUUAUGAGAUGGUUUAGACAAAUUAAUGAACACUUCCAUGUAAAAGGAUGCUCGUAUGUUCUAUAUAAGCCUCAUGGAAAGAAUAAAACAGCUGGAGAAACUGCUUCAGGAGCCUUGUCGAAGUUAACUCGUGGAUUGAAAGAUGAAUCCCUGGCUUAUAUCUAUCAUUGCCAAAAUCAUUACUUUUGUCCAAUUGGCUUUGAAGCAACCCCUAUUAAAGCCAAUAAAGCAUUCAGCAGGGGUACCCUCUCACCACAAGAAGUAGAAUAUUGGAUCUUAAUUGGAGAAUCAAGUAGAAAACAUCCUGCUAUUCACUGUAAAAAAUGGGCAGAUAUUGUUACUGAUCUAAAUACUCAAAAUCCAGAAUUUCUAGAUAUCCGGCACUUGGAGAGGGGGCUACAGUAUCGAAAAACCAAGAAGGUUGGGGGAAAUUUGCAUUGUAUUAUAGCAUUCCAGAGACUUAGUUGGCAAAGGUUUGGCCUUUGGAACUUUCCAUUUGGAACCAUUAGACAAGAGUCACAACCUCUAACACAUGGCCAGGGAAUUGCCAAAUCUGAGAGUGAAGACAAUAUCUCCAAGAAGCAUCAUGGGCGCCUGGGCCGGUCUUUCAGUGCAAGUUUCCAUCAAGACUCAGCAUGGAAAAAGAUGUCCAAUAUUAGCAUUUGGUUAAACCAGGCGCUUAAAGGAGUCCGAGAUCGCCAUGGGAACUCAAUAGAAAAUGCUCAUCUUCUCACUUUGUUUCAUCGGCUCUGCAAACUCUUAUUUUUUCGAAUUCGCCCUAUUUUUGUGUUUGAUGGGGAUGCUCCACUAUUGAAGAAACAGACUUUGGCUAAGAGAAGGCAGAAAAAGGACUUGGCAACCAGUGACUCCAAAAAAACUACAGAGAAGCUUUUGAAAACAUUUUUGAAAAGACAGGCUAUCAAAACUGCAUUAAGAAGCAAAAGAGAUGAAGCACUGCCCAGUCUUACUCAAGUUCAAAGAAAAGAUGACAUCUAUGCUUUGCCACCUUUACAACAGGAAGAAAAAAAUAGUUCAGAAGAGGAAGAUGAAAAAGAAUGGCAAGAAAGAAUGAAUCAAAAACAAGCAUUGCAGGAAGAGUUCUUUCAGAAUCCUCAUGCAAUAGAUAUUGAGUCUGAAGACUUCAGCAGCUUGCCCCCUGAAAUAAAGCAUGAAAUCUUGACUGAUAUGAAAGAAUUUACCAAGCGAAGAAGAACAUUAUUUGAAGCAAUGCCAGAGGAGUCCAAUGACUUUUCACAAUACCAGCUCAAAGGCUUACUUAAAAAAAACUAUCUAAAUCAACACAUAGAAAAUGUCCAAAAGGAAAUGAAUCAGCAACAUUCAGGACAAAUCCAAAGGCAAUAUGAAAGUGAAGGGGGCUUUUUGAAGGAGGUGGAGUCGAGAAGAGUGAUCUCUGAAGACACUUCACAUUACAUCUUGAUAAAAGGUAUACAAGCUAAGAAAGUUGCAGAUGUGGAUACAGAGUCUUUUCCAUCUUCCAGCAAAAUGCACAGCUUGUCUUUUGACAUAAAGUCAUCUCCAUGUGAAAACCUGAAGUCAGAGAAAGAGCCUGAUGCUACCCCUCCUUCUCCAAGAACUGUACUGGCUAUGCAAGCUGCCAUGCUGGGAAGUAGUUCCGAAGAGGAGUUGGAGAGUGAGAAUCAAAGGCAGUACAACAAGAGGAAUGCAUCUGCUACUGUAGAUGAAGGCUCCGUAUCACCACUGACUCUCUUGGCUAUUCAGAAAGCUCUUGAUGAUGAUGAAGACGUGAAAGUGCAUGCUGGGAAUGAUGUGCAGACGGGAGGGUCAGUAGCAAAAAAAAUGUCUAUGAAUAGUUCUGAUGAAACUGAUGAAGGACUUAAAAUGAGAGAUGGAAAAGGAAUGCUGUUGAUAACAGUGCCUCAUUCAACCCCUGUGAACUUUGUAGAGGAGCCUGUGACCAGCAUUAAUGAAAAAGAGCAGGCAGACUCAGCUCCUUUGUCAAGUACUGUCUUUUGUCAAGGCAGUGAAUCUAGCAUUCCAAAAGAACAAACAUCAUUUGUUCACAUGGUUAAUGAAGCCUUUCAGACAAGUGAUGAGCCUACUGUUAAUGAUAGGAAAGAUCCAAUUCCUUUAGAAAAUACAGUGGUUAUACACAUGGGCGCACCAGAGCUCCACAGUGGAGGAGAACUGACAACACCUCCUGUAAGUUCAAGUUCUAUAUCAAGGAAUGAAACAUAUACCAAAGUGCUUGAGCUACAACAAGAUCUUUGUCCAUCUGAGAAUAAAUACGAUUCUUCUGUUCUUUCAAGUGAUGAUGAAACAGAAUGUGAAAAAAAUCCUGCUUCUGAAGUUAUCGAUACUGUCAGUUUGCAGGAAACGAGUAACACACUAAGUGUCCCUUCAGAAGCAAUAAGUAACUUAAAAAAUGUUAAAGAGCAUGAGAAUUUCUUGAACACCAUUGAAGAACGUGAGACGAUGGAAUCUUCAGGCCAGGAUUUAAUUUCACCUCCAAAGUCCACAGAACCAACGGAAAUUGACUCUGAAGAAAGUGAAUCUGAUGGAAGUUUCAUUGAAGUACAGAGUGUAAUUAGUGAUGACGAACCUCAAAUUGAGUUAGCGGAAGCUUCCAAACCUCCCUCUGGACGAGGUGAAGAGGAACUGACAGGAACUACGAAAGAAGAAGCAACUGGUGACUCUGAGGGCCCUCUAGGAGACAGCUCUGAAAGUGAGCCCUUGGGUAUUGAGCAACAUGAAGAAACUGAAAAGGAUGCAGAUGAUUCGCUCAAUGAAUGGCAAGAUAUUAAUUUGGAGGAGCUGGAAACUCUGGAGAGCAAUCUUUUAACACAACAGAAUUCAUUGAAAGCUCAAAAACAGCAGCAAGAACGGAUUGCUGCUACUGUCACAGGACAGAUGUUUUUAGAAAGCCAGGAACUUCUUCGCCUGUUUGGAAUUCCCUACAUUGAGGCUCCCAUGGAAGCAGAGGCUCAGUGCGCCAUUCUGGAUCUUACGGAUCAAACUUCGGGAACAAUCACUGAUGAUAGUGAUAUUUGGCUGUUUGGAGCACGGCAUGUCUAUAAAAACUUUUUUAAUAAGAACAAGUUUGUAGAAUAUUACCAAUAUGUGGACUUUCACAAUCAGUUAGGAUUGGACCGGAACAAAUUAAUAAAUUUGGCCUAUUUGCUUGGAAGUGAUUACACAGAAGGAAUACCAACUGUAGGUUGUGUUACAGCUAUGGAAAUUCUCAAUGAAUUCCCUGGACAUGGCUUGGAACCUCUCCUAAAAUUCUCAGAGUGGUGGCAUGAAGCUCAACAAAAUAAGAAGAUAAGACCUAAUCCUUAUGACACCAAGGUGAAAAAAAAGUUACGGAAAUUGCAACUCACACCUGGCUUUCCUAACCCAGCCGUUGCAGAUGCUUACCUCAAACCUGUGGUGGAUGACUCCAGGGGAUCGUUUCUGUGGGGGAAACCCGAUCUUGACAAAAUUAGAGAAUUUUGUCAGCGGUAUUUUGGCUGGAACAGGACAAAGACAGAUGAGUCUCUGUUUCCAGUAUUAAAGCAACUGAACGCCCAGCAGACCCAGCUCCGAAUUGAUUCUUUCUUUAGAUUAGCUCAACAGGAGAAACAAGAUGCUAAGGGUAUUAAGAGCCAGAGACUUAGCAGAGCUGUGACAUGUAUGCUGAGAAAAGAAAGAGAAGAAGCCAGUGAAAUAGAAGCAGUUUCUGUUGCCAUGGAGAAAGAAUUUGAGUUCCCUGAUAAGGCAAAAGGUAAGACCCAGAAGAGAAGCAUAGCAAAUAAAUGGAAAGAGUCGUCAAGCCUGAAAAGAACGAGGCUUUCCGAUUCUAAACCGGAGAGUAAAUGUGGUGGGUUUUUGGAGGAAGCCUACCUCUCACAAGCAUCUGGUGCAUCCUCAAGUGAGGAUGCAGAGUGUUCAUCUUUAAUGAGCAUGCAGCAGGGAAAAGCAGCUGGAGAGACAAAAAUCAGGUCUUCAGAUUUGCAGAACACAGUGAAACCUGAUCCUGUAAGGGAUGAAGGUGCCACUACAAGCAGCUCUAGUGACGAUGAUAGAGGGAAAACAAAACCAGUCCUGGUGACUGCCAGAUCUGUGUUUGGGAGCAAGAGGAAACUGAGAAGCACAAGAAGAAGGAAGAGAAAAACCUAGUUUAACAUGUGUUCUCUGUAAUUGGGCACAACUUACACUGUGUAAGAAAUUUGUUGUGAGGAAAUAAUAAAAUUAAAUAUAUCUGCACAGUC